UUGACUUUGAUUACUUUGAUUUAUGGGAUUGCCUGUAAAGACAGCAAUGUGAGAGGAUGUAUCCGCAUGUCAAUGGAAAUUAAAUACGCCGAGUUUUGGCUAAAAGACAACUUAUUCUCCGUCAAUUCUUCCUACGAAUGCAACGUUGAGCUGCAACCACCUCAACAGGUUAUGGGCCCAGGAGUCAUUCGAAGGUAAAGUCAGUUUCCACCAUGUAGAAGGUCGUGAAGGACAGCGUGCUCACGGACUGCUGAUUAGCGGAAAAAGCUAACAAGCAACAUGGAUCCACGAGGAACAAGUGGGUAACUUCGACUGGCAUUUGACGGAGAUGAAGCUAAAUAUGAACUCUGGGAAACUAAAAUGUUCGGACAUUUUCAUCUGAUCGGGCUAAAGAACACAGUGCUGGUAGGACCAAACACUGAAGCCGAGAGAGAAAUGAUGAAAUGAAAAAUGUGGAUGCGUAUGCUCAAAUGAUACAACUUCUUGAUGAUAAAAGCCUCUCGUUAAUAAUGAGAGAUGCGCCAAAUGACGGAAGAAAAGCUCUGAAAAUAUUAAGGGAAUAUUAUGCUGGGAAGGGAAAACCCAGGAUUAUAAACUUGUACACCAUGGUAACAUCUCUUCAAAAGGGAACCGAAGAAAGCAUAGUGGAUUACAUAAUAAGAGCUGAGACCGGCAUCACAGCAUUGCGAAAUGCAGGUGAAACAAUGGCAGAUGGUCUACUUAUCGCAAUGGUCUUGAAGGGGCUGCCAGAAAGUUACAAGCCAUUUACAAUUCAUGUGGACAUGAGAACAUGACAUUUGCAGAAUUCAAAACCAAACUCUGAAGUUUUGAAGAAACGGAAAAGUUAAAUGCAGCAGAAUCAAGUGACAGAGUGAUGAAGACUAAAGCAAGAGCUUCAAAGCAAGCCACAAAAGCAAACGCUCGUGACCGGGUCAAAGACGACACAGAGUUGGUGUGCUUCAAAUGUGUGAUCAAAGGCCACCAUGCAAAAUCAUGUCGACAAAAGACAUGGUGUAGUCGGUGCAAAACGGACACGCACAAAGACACCACUUGCAGACGCAUGGAAACACCGGACGGAGCGAGAAAAAUUGCUGAAGAUGGAGAUCCUGACUUGGCGUUCAAGGUGAGAGAUGAACAGCCCGACACCAGGCGGCAGGAUACACACAGCAUCCGGGAACAAGGUCUGAUGGUGGACACGGGAGCGACAUCUCAUAUCAUCACUGACGUGACCAAGUUCAAAAGCUUCCAGGAGACGUUCAAACCAGAGAAUCACAGCGUCGAGUUGGCAGAUGGUACACGGUGCAGUGGAGUCGCACUAAAAAGAGGAGAUGCAGAGUGCUACCUGAUCGACAACAGAGGACAGCAGCGCAAGGCAACACUCAGAAACGCACUCUUCAUACCAUCGUACCUACAAGACAUCUUUUCGGUGAAAGCAGCAACAUCGAGUGGAGCCACGGUACUUUUCAAAGAAGGUGAAGACGCACUGAUAACCAAAGACGGAUUGCCUGUGAAGACAGCAAUGAGAGAGGAUGUAUCUGCAUGUCAAUGGAAAUUAAAUAUGCCGAGUUUUGGCUAAAAGACAACUUAUUCUCCGUCAAUUCUUCCUACGAAUGCAACGUUGAGGUGCAACCACCUCAACACCCCACUUCUGACCCAGAGACCAAAAAAAAUAAAAAGCCUGGCUGGAGUUUGCCUAAACAUACCUGAGAAAGCCAAAAACAUUUUGGAAGAAUGUUCUCUGGUCAGAUGAGACAAAAGUAGAGCUUUUGGGGAAAAGGCAUCAACAUAGAGUCAAAGUCAAACAUGGCAGAAGUUCCCUGAUGUUUUGGGGUUGCUUACUGCCUCUGGCACUGGACUGCUUGACCGUGUGCAUGGCAUUAUGAAGUCUGAAGACUGCCAACACAUUUUGCAGCAUAAAGUAGGGCCCAGUGUGAGAAAGCUGGGUCUCCCUCAGAGGUCAUGGGUGUUCCGGCAGCAGGACAAGGACCCAAAACACACUUUAAAAAGCACUAGAAAAUGGUUUGAGAGAAAGCACUGGAGACUUCUAAAGUGGCCAGCAAUGAGACCUGACCUGAAUCCCAUAGAACACGUGUGAAGAUACCUGAAAAUGGCAGUUUGGAGAAGGCACCCUUCAAAUCUCAGAGACCUGGAGCAGUUGGCCAAAGAAGAAUGGUCUAAAAUUCCAGCAGAGCAUUGUAAGAAUCUCAUUGAUGGAUACCGGAAGGGUUUGUUCGCAGUUAUUUUGUCUAAAGGUUGUGCUACCAAGUAUUAAGCUGAGGGUGCCUAGACUUUUGUCCGCCCCAUUUUUGGAGUUUUGUGUAAAAUGAUAAUGAUUGAAUUUUUAUCGGUCUCUUUUGUGUUUUUUCAUUGCAAGCAAGAUAAAUGAAGCUAUUACUACUAAAGCAUUUGUAAUUGCAAUCAUUGUCUGGGAGAAAUUGAGCAUUAUCUGACAUAAUUGCAGGGGUGUCAAUACUUUUAGCAAGCACUGUGUAUAGGAAUGGCUGUAUUGUGAGAUGGUGACCCGGCUGAUGUCACAUUCGCAUUCUUCCUCAAUCCAGGAAGUCUCUAAUUUCCAUGGCGCGGGAGUCAAAAAAAUUGAAUAAGGCGGAAAACAGACAAGACUGAAAAAGCAGUUUCUGCACUUGCACUCCUCUUUAAAAGAAACUACUGUAUUUUAAGCCAAAACAACUGUUGUGUUUGAUAGAACUGUAUGUCUAUAUGCUGCCAUAGCAGAUUCAUGGCACAUUAAGCCCCGGAACCAUUUUUAAUUUGUCCGUUAUACCCCGGAAACCCUCGUUUACAGAUGUCACGCAA